CUCUCCGUCCUGUCCCGGAAUCCAAGGGAAAGUGCUACGAGAGGAAUCCGGGAGCCAGACGGAAUUUAGAAGAGGAAUCCGCAUUCCCUCUUGAACAAAAACAGGCAGCCAAACGGAGUCCGUAACCGUAAAGGAAAGUAGUAGAGGAGUAUUCCUCUUUACUACUUGAAUAGGGUGCCAACUUCGAUGAGCGGGAAGGGUCCUGUCUCUCUCUCCCGUGCAAGAUACUCUCUCUCGCAGACGAAGCCCAUCAUCGGCAUCUGACAGUUCUCGUCCCAGUUGGUCAGAUCUUUUGACAGCCAUGGAGCUGCCUGUGGUCGACAUAGAACCGUACCUUCAUGCCUCUGCUACGUUCAGCGAAGCUACCAACGUAGAGGAAAAGCCAAAGUUGUUUGAGGAUCUGGUCAGCCUGAGCGCCUGCCUGAGCGACCUGUGUUCAGAAGUCAGCAGAAGCCUGAAGGAGACGGGUGCAUUGCUGAUCAAGGAUCCAAGGUGUUCGGUCGUCGACAACGACCGGUUUCUGGACAUGAUGGAGAAAUACUUCGAGAUGCCGGAUGAAUUCAAGCGACUCCAAGAACGCCCGAAUCUCCAUUACCAGGUUGGUGUAACACCAGAAGGAGUUGAAGUUCCUCGUAGCUUUGUGGAUGAAGAAAUGAAGCAGAAAAUAGAACAGAUGCCAGAAGAAUCCCAACCACAUGUUCCCAGAGGUCCAGAUCCUAAGUGGAGGUACAUGUGGAGAGUGGGGUCACGACCAACUCAGACUCGCUUUCAGGAAUUAAAUUCAGAACCUGUUAUACCUGAAGGAUUCCUUGAAUGGAACGACACCAUGGAUGCCUGGGGAUACAAGAUGAUUUCUGCAAUUGAGGCUGUUGCUGAAAUGGCAGCACUUGGUUUUGGGCUUCCCAGAGAUUCAUUCAUUUCUUUGAUGAAACAGGGUCCUCAUCUGCUUGCUCCAACAGGAAGUAAUCUUCGCAAGCAUGGCAGGGAAGGAACAGUAUUUGCAGGAUACCAUUAUGACCUCAACUUCUUGACUAUUCAUGGCCGGAGCAGGUUUCCUGGCCUAAAUAUCUGGUUGAGAAAUGGUAAGAAAGUGGAAGUAAAAGUCCCUGUGGGGUGUCUCUUGAUACAGGCAGGGAAGCAGAUGGAAUAUCUGACUGGAGGUGAAUGUCUUGCUGGCAUGCAUGAAGUUGUUGUAAGUAAAAGGACCAUUGCUGCUAUUGAAGCUGCCCAACAGGACAAUCGUAGUCUGUGGAGGGUCUCAUCAACAUUGUUUGCACACGUUGCAUCAGAUGCUAUGUUGAAACCCCUGGGCCACUUUGCAGACUCGCCUCUUUCGAACAAAUAUCCAGCUGUUUAUGCAGGGAACUUUGUUGAGCACGAAUUGACAGCAAUUAAUUUGAAAGGGAAGGGAGAACAAGGGAUUAAAGUGGAAUAAUGCUUGUCCUAGGCAGUCACCAGCUUAGACACCAAGGUAAAGCUGUUACACUGUCCAGAAAAUUAAAGUGCAUGUUGCAAACAAUGGGCCUCCUCUCUUGCAGCAAGAGCUAGAAAUGCAGGUUCUUGAUAUAAUUUUGUCACCCUAAGGUGCCACAGAUCUGCGUAGUUGCUGAUAGAAUUGGAAGUGGAAUAAUGGAUCUUAUAUCCUAUUGUGUCAUGAAUUGAGACUCAAGUACUUGAGGAACAUGGAAUAAUGAGUGAAUUUUUUCUGAUAUCUGGCUUUGUGACCUUUCUAUUAAAAUGUUUCGUGCCAUUAGCAUGAGAUUAAAAUAUUCAAAGAUGCUUUGUUCCUUCUGGAA